UAGGUACUAUAAUUAUUUAAAAACGUUAAAAAUUACAAAUGAUUAUCAAACAACCCGUUAAAUUUUAUUCAUCCAGACGAGUGGUAUAAGUAAUAUUUUUUCAUUACUUAACAUGUUCAUUUUCAAAAGUGCAUUGUUUGUUUUUCUUUCGUCGUACAUUAUAACCCUCUGUAAUCUCAUUGUAAGAGAAACGAAUUCCUUACAAAUUGGCCUUGUUUGUCUCUAUGGAAUCAGUGGAGUUUUUGCUGGGAAAAUCCUGUAUGACAGAUACCAGCAUAUAAAUAUUCUUGGUUCACUAACAUUAAACCCCAAUGUAACAUCAUAUGUUAACAAAAUAGCUUCCACAUCUGCAUCACUCCUAUCAUUGGGCUUUCUGGCUUAUUUGAUCCUUUUUCUCUUUGAGGUGAAUGAACAAAGCCUGAAAGCACUCAAUAUAUUAUUAUGUGGAAUUGGAUCGCUUUAUAUGUGGGUGCAAUGUCUACUUACGACUUACUUAUCAACAUUAUACUAUGAUAAGAGGCUAACAGUGUGCCGAUUAUGUCUAGCCAAUGUGAGCUUCCUGUUUCUUGUUGUACUAGCCUUAUUUGGAACAGUCUCUGUUUUUUUACCAACAGAUAGUUCCAGUGGUAUUUAUAUGUGUAACAUUAUUGCUUCCAUUAGUAGCUACGUAAUGACAACUAUUUUCUGUACAUUUAUACUGUCUUAUGAAAAGGAAUAUAAAUAUUUUUCCGAGGGUAUUCGAUCCGACAUGUUAAUAGAUGACGCCUGUUCAUUGAAUAAUGCGUCACUCGACGAUGUUGAUAGUAUAUUAAGGACAGAAGAACCAACUUCAAGUACAAAUGCAACAAAAAGAAGAGUACCUUGUGCGGUUUUAUCCUGACAAGAGGCAAUGCCCUCAGUGGGCACAGUACUUCAUUCAAACAAGGUAGCUGUUAGGAACUAUGGCAGCUUAGACAAUACAAAUUUAGAAAUAUCCGAUACUGAUAACACAUUCUCAUCACAAGAAUUUGACUUAGUCAUUGACAAUGACAGUGGAAUGUCGUCCGGAGAAAAUGAUGAAUCUCUUAAAUUAAACGUAGAAGCAACAAAGUGCCUAAAAGUUAGUGAUGUAAGGAAUGAAAUUCCUUGUUGUUCUAGCGAUGUUACUAAUGUAAAAUCUGUAAGUGAAUCUCGUGUU